AUGUCUACACCGAAUUCCCCUAGACGCUCAUCUGAGUCUGCAGGGCGGCCCGAAUCUAGAGAUCAUACGAUCUCAGCCGCGGGGUCCGGCCACACCCGUAGCCUUUCCGGUGAGGUCCAGCCUAGAAGCCACCGGAGAUCAAUCCAAUUUAGCGUCGAUUCUGCAGAGUCGCAGCUGCCCACACGCUCAUCGAGCUUCAAGGAAAAGCGACUGUCAUAUGGGGAUACCCCGACGAGGGAAUUAGAAGAAAAGGAAAAAAGGGAACGGGAACACAAAGCUGCCCAAUCAAAUAGGGGGCCCUCCCCCCCACCGCCGAAAACCUACGAGCGCGGUGUUUCCUUCGACACUUUCGACAAUUUCGAUGCUACCGAUUUCUCCCUCACAUUAAACUACAAACACAAAGGUUACCAGAGCACACGUCGUAGCAGGACCUUUUUGUGUGGAACCGACCAGAACGACUACUCCGAGUUUGCCCUCGAAUGGCUCAUUGAUGAGCUGGUGGAUGACGGGGACGAGAUCGUCUGUCUUCGAGCGGUGGAAAAGGACUCGCGCAUAGCUAGCGAUGUCGGGAUCGAGGAGCGAAAGUACCGCGAGGAGGCCGAAAAGCUGUUUGAGCAGGUGAUCCAAAAGAACAGCCAGGAUGAGAAAGCUAUCAGCCUGGUUCUGGAACUUGCUGUGGGCAAGGUCGAGAGCAUCAUCCAACGCAUGAUCCGUAUAUACGAACCUGCAAUGCUUGUAGUCGGUACACGAGGACGCAACUUGAAAGGAGUGCACAGUCUGCUCCCAGGCUCCGUCUCCAAAUACUGCCUCCAGCAAUCACCCAUCCCUGUCAUAGUCGUUCGGCCUUCACCAAAGCGCGAAAAGAAGAAGAAAAAGCGCCGUGCAGACCCCACACGGCGCAGCUACAACCAUAUCCUGGAAAUGAGCGAGCAGCGCGGCAGUCAGAUAUUCGGCGCCUGCCCCAGCACCGAUAGCAGCACUUCGAAGCUACCGGAUGAGGAGGCUGCGGUGGCAGAGGCACUUGGACUUCCCGCAUCAUACUCGAAUGCGGCCUCCCGCAGUUCUUUAUCGGUCUCAGACCGCAGCAGCAUCAGUAUCAGCCACGACGACUCCGACACGAAUUACCCCCGGAACUCAUUGGAUGCAAUGGUUAUGUCGAGUCCGGGUAUCGGAAGUCCAGCAGAUAGCUCUCAAGAGAGCGUGGCUACUGGCAGUAGUAUCCAGCCAUCUCCCUCAAUUGACAGGACUGUGGCCUCGCCUCCUCCAUUUGAUCUAGACUCUCCUGUAUCAGACUCUUCUACCGAGGCCGACAAGCUAGAUGAAGCGAACGAGCCUGUCGAUUCAAUCCAAAAUCCCGUGUCUAUCCCGAUGAUUGAAGUGUCAGAUAACGAUCAUAAAAACGACAGUACGAAGACAUCUGGAUCCUGA